AUGAUUGAUGAUCAAGAUCUGGGUUUCUUUGCCAAUUUUCUUGGCGUCUUCAUCUUUGUGCUGGUGAUAGCAUACCAUUUUGUUAUGGCUGACCCAAAGUUUGAAGGGAACUAGGAAAGCGUUUUAAGUUAAUGAUGUAAUUUUCGUUUUGUAGACUGAGAUGCUUUGCAAAUGGAUAUUUGAUGCAAUCAAGAACUCUAGUUUGGGAAUGCGAAUGUUAGCUUACGACUAAAGGUUUCUUGCUAUACUCAUGUGCGAUACCUUAAGCUUUAUUUGUUUUAAUGGAAUUUUGAUUGAAAAAGUAAUGAAAAUAUUGAAUUUACUUUGA